UCAGUUUGGUUUUCUGCGGAUUCGAGUCUCUAGUAUUGAAGAGCUUGAUUUCUCUUGCAUGUUUCACGAAUCGGGAGCUCCAACGAGUUAGGGUUUCAAAACUUGUCGACAUAAAGUGCUCUAUUUGUUUUUUUGGACUUUGGAGAUUUUGAGAGGCUCCUUGAAGGUGAUUAUUGCAGAAACUUUUGAUAAUAUGAGACUUGAUUCAUGUAUGAUCUGAUCUUGGUAACAAUGGCGGCAUCAUGAUAUCUCAACUGACCAUAGAGAAUGCUAGCAGCAUUCAUUGAAUGAAAUGAAGACCUUACAGGAUUCACAGGGCACACCAGAAGUACAAUCCUCGACACAAGUAUCACAUGAGUCACACAGUGAUCAACAGAAUAAUACAACAGCUGAGGCUCCUAGAGCAGACUCAAGCUCAAUACCCCUUUCUAGAAAUGAUAACAGGAAGGUUUCACGUCAAGAUAUUGAAUUUGUCCAGAAUUUGAUAGAACGGUGCUUACAAUUGUAUAUGAAUAGAGAUGAGGUGGUUAAGACCCUCUUGCAUCGAGCAAAAAUAGAGCCUGGAUUUACAAAUCUGGUAUGGCAGAAAUUGGAAGAAGAAAAUGCUGACUUUUUCAGGGCCUAUUACAUUAGGCUAAAGCUGAAGAAACAGAUCAUUCUGUUCAAUCAUUUACUUGAUCACCAGUACCAUCUGAUGAAGAACCCUGUACUUCCAAAAGUUCCAUUGGCCCCUAUACAGAAUGGGAUUUAUCCCAUGCCUGUUAACAACUUACCUAUAGGGUAUCCAGUUCUACAGCAGCCUACAAUUACAGCAACAGGCCAACCUCAUCUUGAUUCGAUAGGCUGUGGGCUAUCCAGCUGCCAUGUAGUAAACGGAGUUCCUGCCGCAGGCAAUCUCCAUCCCAUUCGAAUGAAUUCCGGGAAUGAUAGGGUGAUGGAGAACAGUGCAGCUGAAAUCACCCCAGUUAUCCCUCCCAGUAGUGCCAUGUUAUCCAUGUCAGAGAUGGAUGUGAGUCCUCCUUCAGUUGCAUCCAAUGGUCAUUUUCCCUUCGCCCCAUCAGAGAUAUCAGGAAUGGGUGUAGAGUCGUCAGCAUUGGACACAGCGUUUACAUCCGAUGUCACAAGUUCAGUAGGGUUACAACUAGGACCAGAUGGUGGAGCAGGAAAUUCUAGGGAUUUUCUUCAAUCAUUGGCUCAGAUCCCUUGGAAUUUCAGCCUUUCAGAUCUUACAGCAGAUCUGUCGAACUUGGGAGAUCUUGGGGCCCUGGAUAACUUUCCUGGCUCUCCUUUGUUGCCAUCGGAUUCAGACAUUUUGCUUGAUUCUUCAGAGCAAGAUGACAUAGUUGAGGAGUUCUUCGUUGAUUCUGCCCCUGGGCCAUGUUCUCAGUCAGAUGAAGAGAAAUCUUAAAGGCUGCUUAGAAGUGAUGUACAGGUCCUCUAAAUCACAGAGUUUAAUUUCCGGUCAAGAAUUUAAAUUGGUAGCCUUGUGAUGUCUUCUUUUGGGUAGGCAAAUGCUUAUGCAUAUUCAUAAAUUAUUAAUCAAAUUAGCAGUGUUAUCUGAAUUUGGUUUAUCAGCUUUCCAAUAGGAAUCUGAUCAUUGUUACAA